AUGGAGCUUGGUUUAACCUUAGGAGACUCUUCAAAGCCUCUAAGUGGCUUGAUGGAAAAACAUCCUCAUCAAGCUUCUAAAGAACUUGGAUUAGGCUUCACCACCACUUUAUCAAUUGGUCCAAACCUCACUACUCAAAUAGAUCAACUUCAACAAGAAGAACAAAACACUAGAACUGAAAAUUUGCAUCAACUUGAUCUUCUUCCUCAACUCUCCUUCCCAUGGAAUCCUCCUUCUCAAAACGAGUUUGGAGUUUCAUCAAGGGGCUUGGAGGUGAACGUAGUUCCACCGCUGACCGUCGUGGCUGCGGCGGAAGACGAGGCUGUUCUUUCAUCGUCACCUAACAGUGCAGCAUCUUCUUUUCAGAUGGAUCUCUGUAUAUACAGUCGAGGAGGUAGCGGCGGUGCUGGUGGAGGAAGUUUGAGUGCCUCAGGAGGUAACAAAAGAGAUUUUUCCGAUGGUGAAGGUUAUGAUCAAAGAAAUUCUUCAAGAGUUAGCGAUGAAGAUGAUAACAGCGGUGGCGUCGGAAACACAAGAAAGAAACUUAGGCUCUCAAAGGAUCAAUCUGCUUUUCUUGAAGAAAGCUUCAAAGAACACCACACUCUUAAUCCUAAACAAAAACUUGCUCUUGCAAAACAACUCAACCUUCGACCUCGUCAAGUAGAAGUCUGGUUCCAAAACAGAAGAGCAAGGACAAAGUUGAAACAAACAGAAGUAGACUGUGAAUUUUUGAAGAGAUGUUGCGAGACACUAACGGAAGAGAAUAGAAGACUCAACAAGGAGCUUCAAGAAUUAAGAGCUUUGAAAACUUCAAAUCCGUUCAACAUGCAGUUACCAGCAACUACUUUAACUAUGUGUCCUUCUUGCGAACGUGUUGCGACGAAUUCAACAGCAACUUCUUCCGUCACUAAUAAUACAAGUGCUAUAAAUAAUAACAAAACAAGUGAUGAUUCAACUUCAAAGGCUGAUAUUGGAUUCCCUUUUGGAAAAUCAAAGAUUCAGCCGCAACAACAUCUUGAAUUGAAUUGA